AUGUGGGUCACCCUCACACGCGACGACCGCAGGGCGACGCUUCACGUCACGAGAUCCGACGUGCGGCGGAUCGUUGAUCGAAAGGAGGUGGUUGGGUCGGGGUCAUACGGCACAGUGUACAAGGGCAAGGUGCGGGGGAGGUAUGUCGCGGUCAAGUGCAUCAGGAACCAUCAAGGACAGCCGGACCCAGGCCCAUACAGGAAGGAGGUGGAGGCGCUGCAGCGCCUGCGGCAUCCACACAUCCUGACCAUGCUCGCGUCGUUCGACGAGGAGUGCGCGAUUGUCAGCCCGUUCUACGCCAAGGGCAGUCUCCGGCAGGCGCUGUACAUUUCGGCGUUCGGGAACGAUCCCCUGCUGUGGCGGACGAGGCUGCGCAUUCUCGCGGACGUAUCGAGCGCCGUGUUGAGCAUGCACACAGACAGGCCUGAGGACCCGGUCAUUCACAGGGACUUGAAGCCGGCGAACAUCCUGCUCACCGACAACCUCGACGCCGUGGUUGCGGACCUGGGAUGCGCGAGGAUCAACGAAGGGUCAAUCUUCGAGGGGCCAAAGGGCACACCGGGGUACGCGGACCCCGAGUAUGUGCGCCUGGGAGCAUGCAAUCCGACGGACACGCACCUGGACGUGUACUCUCUGGGCGUCAUCAUCCUGGAGAUGCUCACGAACAAGCCGCAGCGCCUGGAGGAGUUCAAGCGGUUCGUCGAGGGCGUCCGAAACCGCCUGGACGACGCCGGGAAGAGCCGCCUGGCGGAGAUCCUCGCCGAUUUCAGCCGAGGCAUGUAG